GGAGACGCGUCCCGUCGGUCAGACUUGAGGUUUGCUACAGCUUUAAGAAGUAAUAAAUAAAGCGUUGCGCUUGUAUAAUGACGUUCCUCUUGGAAUAUAACUUUUCCAACUAAAACGAUGUGAAUGGUGAAUGCUUCUGAUGCUGGGAGACUGACUUUUAGCCAGACUCGUUGAUCUUGGUCCGGUUUGGGCCUGCUUCGUUAGACUGUCUAUAUUAAUACCUACAUUGCCUCAGCUAAUGAUUAAAGUCUACACGGGGAACAGCGGUCCAAAGCAGCAUGGACUCUGGGGGGAAGGAGCUUUCAGCUGUGCGUGUUGACAACACGGCGGCCGUCAACUCAUCCCCGGACUGGACUGACGCGUCCAGCGGGAGGAGAGGAAGUCGAAGGCGGUUGAGAACUGCGGUGACCCCCGCUGUCUCCUGCGCCUCCCAGUCUGGCGCUAAACGUGUUUUACGAGCCAGGACAGUUGUACCCGACGGGGGCAAUGACUCACAGGACGCCACUCGCAAGAAAAGCCCUCGCUGCGGUGGAGGGACUGCAGGAUCACGCAGCGGAAAGGCACCUGUCACGCAUGGAAAGUCGAGGUGUCGCGCGUCAUUACCACAAACGGAGGUCAAGAAAGAGGAGUCUGACCAGGAGGAGGAAGAAAAGCGCACUGAGAAAGAGGGCAGCCCCCAGGCUGUAGUGCAAAGUGAGGAUGCAGUGGGUGAUAACGCACAGACAAACAGGAAGCGAAACCAGCGAGAUGAUAAAGCUCCUCGGCAGCCAAAACGAAGACAAAAGCCACCGGUUCAGUACGUCCGCUGUGAAAUGGAAGGCUGCGGGACGAUCCUGGCACACCCACGCUACCUGCAGCAUCAUAUUAAAUACCAGCACCUGCUGAAGAAGAGGUACGUGUGUGACCAUCCGUCGUGUGGCCGCUUGUUCCGUCUGCAGAAGCAGCUGCUGCGCCAUGCUAAACACCACACAGAUCAGAGGGAUUACAUCUGUGAGUACUGCGCCCGCGCGUUCAAGAGCUCGUACAACCUGGCUGUGCACAGGAUGAUUCACACCGGAGAGAAGCCAAUACAGUGUGAGAUCUGCGGCUUCACCUGCCGUCAGAAGGCGUCUUUGAACUGGCACAUGAAGAAACACGAUGUGGAAGCUUCCUACCAGUUCCCUUGCUCGAUCUGUGGGAAGAAGUUUGAGAAGAAGGACUCCGUUGUUGCCCACAAGGCAAAGAUCCACCCCAAGGUGCUCAUAGCUGAAGCCAUGGCGGCGAACGGCGGCUUGGUAAUAAGCGCUUCGGUCGCCCGGCCGGUCAGCCAGGAGAGCCAGGAGCUGCAGAAAGACUCGGAAUGCACGCUCGCUCCCCUGCAGCAGGUGGCGCUGCCUUUUGCCCCACAGGAGCAGUUCCUCCAAUCGCCCUUGCAGGUGGCGAGCCAGCAGCUCGCUGCCGCCCCGCCGGCUCACCUUUACUCCGACCCUCCCGGGCUCACCCAGCUCUCCCCGGUCUCACCCUCAGAGGGCACGCAGACACCCGGGGAGGCCGUGCCGUGGGACGGGGUCAUGGUGGGCCAAGAUCCUCGGCACGCAGGGGACCUUCUGUGGGAGGGGAGCGAAGAGAGGAGGAAGGAAAAUGACGCCAUUGUUUGGGAGCAGGAGGGAGAGAGACUGAUCCUCUGAUAGUGAAAUACUUUGAUAUACAGCCACAGAAUGAACUGAAAUAGAAUUAUAUACUACAUUUUGUUUCAGGGAACAACAAAAAUGCUAAGGUGAUGUUGAAAUUUGAAGUAAUGAAAGUUUUUGUUCAUUUCAUCACAGGAGUCACGUAAAAUGCAGCAAAGCUACUUUAUAUCAGGGAGUGUUUUUUUUUUUUUUUUUAACACAGCUUACAUUCCCUUAUUGAACCACUUAAUCAUUUACUUAAUAGAGGUGCAUCAUGUAGUAUCGACACGCUCACUCUCAGGGCUCUUCCAGAUGUUGGAAAGUUUUGUUCUCAACUGCACAAAAUGUAACUUUAGCUACUCAGAGCAGACUGUCUACAUGUCUUUGGUUUGUCACUGUUAUGAAGUCAGUUGUAUUAUAUUCAAGUAUAUAUGUCAAAAAGAUUUGUUAAAAAGCAAUGCUGUGAUAUAAAAUCGACAGUGACUGAGGUUAUAAUCUUUAUUUAACAGCCUGUUUUCAGAUUAUCUCAUUAAAGUAUUUAUAUUUCACCAUGGAAAACCUGUUUUUUCACCCAGUCUCUCAGGUACCUUAUUGAAACAUAUUAUGGUAUUUUUAUGUACAAUUGCUCAUUUUUAAAAUUUAAACGAAAGCAGGAUGCUAUGAUUUGUGAAUCUCUUUAUCCCUUAUUUAACUUCAAAUAAAUGGGAUGUUGUGAGUAUUUUAUCAUUUCAUUAGAGGCAUUUGUUGUUGAUUUUCAUUUAUCCAGUAUGUAGCCUUGCAGCCCAGUUUUGAUUUUUGUGACCACAAUUCAUUACAAUAUU